GUUCUUCGCGAUUCCUCGUCUUGCAGAGUUGAGUGCGGAGAGUUCCUCGAUCCCUUGCUUAGUCGUGAUCGGACCGUCGGAACGAACGCUUCGCGGAUCGUUGAACUCCCGAAAGUUUGCCGACGUGUUAUUAGCGCGAGCUGGCCUUUCGAACACGUGAAGAACGUCUAUCCACCUCACCUUCCUCACGUUUUUCCGAUACAUUCUCUUGGUGAUAUUCGUACAAUCGAUUGAUAGCGAGACGAAACGUGAUCUAGAUAUCGCGGCUGCAGAGAAGUAUGGAUAUUAUUAUUGAUGAGAGAAUAAUAAGAGUGAUAAGACGAAUCGUUCACCUGCACCGAGAUCAGCAGGAUCAAUAAUAAUCCUCAACUGAUUAUUUUCAAAGAUUCGUCGAUAUUUCAAGCCAGUGUCCCUUUUCCACUUUCUUUUGUUUAACCUUUGAAUUCGGGGUACGUCGCUAACCGCUCUCUCAAAUCAAUUCGAUCUCUCGCAGCCAGUCAAUCAUCGUCACCAAUAUCUGUGUAUCUGCGUGUAAGGUCGAAAGAUUGUCGCCGGGCUCUUAUUGCGAGUCCGAUUGCGAGUCCUUAUCAGUUCUGCAGAAGUAUAAAGACCACCAAAAUCUCAUUUUCAUUUGUAAUGUGUGAGGAACUGCAGCAUUGAAAACAUCAGGUUACCAUGGACGGUUUAGUCGAGCUCUUUUUGUUCUGUGGAGCUCUCUACUACAUAUUCAACUGGAGAGCUAACAAUAUGGUCGACGUACUGUCUACGCGACUCCAGGAGGUUUACGCGCAAUGGGAAGCACGGACUGAAAUGGCAACGACCGAAACGUUGGAUUCCGGCUCGCGACUCUCCUACGAUGGACUGCGAAGAGCCGGUCAACAAUAUCAGAAGAGAAAAACUCAGAGUAGAGAACAGGCGAGGAAAGUCCGGGACAAUAAUCUCUACAGGAUCAAGGAGUCUGAACCCGUAGCGCCGACACCUCCGCCCAAAAUUGUACCGUUUCUGAAUCGCUGCUGCGGACAGUGCAACCCUUCUUCAACGAAUACAUUGGUCAGCAGUGCACAGAAACACUAUCAAACUACCGGCACAAACAUAUUGCUAGUCGAUCCUGGGCCCAGUCUAGUCUCGAAAAUCUUCUGUCACAUAGCGAAUGUUUAUGCCUUCAAGAAAUACGAUUAUCCCAGAGUAACGCAGACUGUACUUACCGAUGAAAGAUUAAAAGAAGCGAUAAAGCAGGCAGCUGAUGAAUCGGUCAAGGAUGAUGGAGUUACCGUACUGGAGGCCUUGGCCAAAGCGGAGGAGAGAGCUAGGACGAUACUUGCGCAAAUGCAGAGUAGUUUGAGCGACGCGUUGCUCAGGUUAACCGCAUGGACCCUUUACAAAGUCUUGCCGUGCUUCAUUCAGUCUGCCGUCGUACAACCGAUCCAAAUAGAUAUGCUGAAGAAAGCAAACGACUGCGGCUUACCACUGAUAUUUUUACCUCUUCAUAGAAGUCACCUCGAUUAUGUUAUGAUUAGUUUCAUUCUACUCAGCAAUGACAUCAGAAAUCCGCUCAUCGCUGCUGGGGAUAAUUUGAAGAUACCGUUCUUUGGAUGGCUUCUGAGCGGCCUGGGAGCCUUUUACAUAAAGAGGAGGAUCGAUCCGGUCCUCGGACGUAAAGACAUGCUGUAUCGUGCGGUACUUCACACAUACCUUGUCGAGAGUCUCAGAGCCGGUCACAACAUUGAAUUCUUUAUCGAAGGAGGUCGUACGCGAACGGGUAAACCUUGCAUGCCAAAGGUUGGAAUUCUGAGUGUUAUACUCGAUGCUUAUAUGGAUGGAACUAUCGACGAUGCGUUAAUUGUGCCGGUAUCUAUGAACUAUGAGCGACUGGUGGACGGGAACUUUGUCAGGGAGCAGCUAGGUCAACCAAAGAAAAUGGAAACCUUUGGCACAGCUAUUAGCGCUUUGUGGUCAACUCUGAUGGGAAACUAUGGAAUAGUCAAAGUAGACUUCAGCCAGCCGUUUUCAUUGAGGGAAAUGCUCAAGUCUUUGCAAGCACAGCAAAAUAAAUUGACGGUGCAGUCCGCAGCAUCAAGGCCGUUAAAGUCUACCGUAUCCAGUUCAUCUCUCUAUGGUACCGACGUUGUUUCUGAAGAAUAUCGUCAGCUUGUCGACUGUAUCGCGAAACAUGUUAUUCACGAUUGUGCCAAGUCGACACCUAUAAUGUCCACUAACGUCGUCGCGUUUUUGCUAUUGAACAAAUUUAGAGAUGGAUGUACUUUGGACAGGCUAGUAGAAUCUUUUGACUCUAUUAGGCAGGAGCUGGAAUGGAGUCAGAGAAAUAUUGCAUUUUGCGGAGAAAGCAUCGACAUCAUUAAUCACGCGCUCGAUAUACUUGGACCUGGCCUUGUCAAACAACAGAGGCAAGAGGUAACGGACACGGUAGAAGGUCAGGCCAUCAGAAAUGAAGUUAUCGUUGCAAUCAGGCCUGUCUCCAUUCUACCGAACGUCAUCGAAUUGUCAUAUUACAGUAACAGCAUGCUUGUGCAUUACGUCCUUGACAGCGUAGUCGUUACCGCGCUGUAUGGGAGCUUACAUUCCCAGAUCAACGACCCUCAGGCAAUAGCUAAUAACAAUAUAACUGUAUUUCAAGAUACUUUAUUGGAAAAGGCUUUGAAAGUUUGCGACAUACUAAAGUAUGAAUUUAUAUUCUGUCGACCUUGUCAAGAUUUAGAAACUCUCCUCAUAGAAACGAUCAACAACCUAACCACAACGAGUAUAAUUACAUUGAAAGAGGAAGCUUACACAGAGGAGGAACUAUGGAGCAGAAGAUACGCCCGGAAUCUAGAUGAUAGCUCUGAUGAAGAAUAUGCUGUGACUAAUAGAACCAAAAAAAUUGAAUAUAAGCUAAAUUUAGACACUGAAUGCUCGAGGCGAAUGGAGUUUCUCCACACGUUAUUACGUCCCUUUGUUGAUACGUACACCAUGAGUGCUUUUGCAUUACGAAAAUUGGUUGGAAGGUCUUUAACUGAAAGAGACCUUCUGUACGAAGUAUUGGCUGAAAUUAAGACAGGCCUGGAUCGUGGUAUAGUCAAUUACGGUGAAAGUCUGUGCGUUGAUCCGAUAAAGAAUUCAUUUAAACUGUUUGAAAAGUGGGAGGUACUGGAAUGCCAUCCUCAAGAGAAUGUUAAAAUUUAUUAUCUUAAGGAAGAAUACGACAACGACAAGGCAGCUAACCAAAUAUACGAGAGUAUCGCAACUUUCAAGUGGACUAGAAACAUUGAUUAGUUAAUAAUUGAACAUUUGGUGAUAAUACGAUACGAUAAGCGUUGUAAUUUUAUUAUUCUCUCUAAUAUAGCAAAUACGACCUCACAGUUUCACUCUGUCCCUGCUAAGUUAUGUACAGUGGAUUAUAAAGAUUUGAUCACCUUUCUGCGUAACGCAAAUUUCCGUAUUGAAAGACUUACAUCAGGAUGAUAUAAAAUCUUGCCUAAUUGUAAGAUUUCAAUUGAACUGACUGAGUGAUCAGUUUUUUACACUCCGCUGUGUACUUGAAUCCAGAGACGGGGUCACUCUAUAAUCGUAAGGAAUGUUAGACUACUAUUUAUUUCAUAGUUACGUCAUAUGGGGUCUUUAAAUUUUGUUUUCGACUAUGCUGCAAUCGUCAAACAUUUAUUUACUGUACAAGAUGCAAGGUUAAUGUACCUUACAAUCAGACAAGUCGGUAUUGGCAGCGUCAAAAAAUAAUGUUCGACAUUAAACUGGAUAUGAUGUUACUUUUCUUUUUUGUGUCUUGAAGAAAAUGGAAAAGCAUUGAUUUGUCAUUUUUCACUUUCUUCAUCGCUCACGCAGGAGUUGGACAUCGAAUUUUGAUACACAACACGUGCAAGUCUUAUAAAAAGCAGGAAGGCUGUCCAUAGGCCUGCUUAACUUAUAAGUACCUUUUACAAUAAAGUGUAAACUGUAACGCACGCACACAAUACUUUAUCUCGGGUCCAUUAAUCAACGGAACGAGUACACUUGGAUAAAUCACUUGCAGUUAGUCACACGAUAUUUUAUAAAUAUUAGUUAUGACACCGUUGCGGACAUAUUGAACUGCUUUAUGUUCAUUUAACAAAAAGAUUAGUGCAGCUUUAAAUACCGUUGAAUUUUUCCUAAAUUAUUACUCUGCGCGAAACUAACAGAAUGUGCAAAAAAGUGAUUAAUGACUUGUGAACAGUGAAUCGUAAUGGUGACGAUUCUUUCAGUCUUCCUUCUUUUGUGACUCACGUAUGUACGUAUAGGUAUGCCAUGUAUACUGUAUCUAUCGAUUUCUUUUAACUUUAUAAGUGGGAUGAAUAAUUUCCUGUGUCAAGAAGGAUGAAAUAUUCUCGAAGCAUAUUCAAAAAUGCGGUUGAAAAAAUAAAACAAUAUUGUGAUAAGAUCUGAGGUAUCUAAUAUAGUUGUAAUAUAGUCACCACGAUAUUAUAAUUAACCGUAAAAACCACGCAUAUUGUUAAUUGUUGAAUACAAUAUUACUAUUGCGAAACAAAAGUUUAUACAUAUUAUCGUAAUGUUAAUAACUAAUUAAGUUUUGUUAUACAUAUAUAUUUCACAACGUUGAAAAGGUUAAAAUAAAUUUAUACAUUAUCGAACUAUUGCAUGUUCGCGAUGUUAGCAUA